AUGGCAAUCACACUUGGCUCGAUAGUCGGGCGCAUAUUCGAGACGCUAUGUACGCUCCGAUUGGUACCGUCGAUACCUACACCGUUCGCGGAUCGUCUAGCUUGUCUGGAUGCAGCCGAGAGCUCGAUAGACAAUGAGAUGUACAGCACGCAAUCCUUCGACUGGUCGCGUUCGGGGCUCGAGCUGCUCAACCCGGCGCGCGUAGGCUACUUUAUGGACAAGCUUGAUCGUCUCGUCUCGUCUCUGGAUCGAUCACGAAACCAUACGAUUACGAUCGUCGAUCUGGGCUGUGGAGCUGGACUUGCCACUGAAGCGAUCCACGCUGCUAUCAUCCGGUCGGCGCGUGACAAGUGUUUGAUCAAACACACAGACUCUGCGCUCUUCGACGCCAAUGCAACCUACAAGCUGGUUGGGAUUGAUCGGUCGACACGCUCCAUCGAGACGGCUCGAGAGCGUGCGCGGUCGAAAUCGAUGCAGAUCGAAUACGUCGUAGGAGACAUCUACUCGUUGCCUUUCGCAGACGCUUCGAUCGAUGCCGUUAUCUGCUCGGACGUGCUCGAACACCUGUUCGAUCUGCCAGCAGCAUUCUCGUCCAUCUCUCGCGUCUUGAAGCCCGACGGUAUCAUGUGCUUCGACACCAUCAACCGCACAGCUACAUCGUACUACCUCACGAUUUGGAUACUGCAAGACGUGCUGCGCGCCAUGCAAGGCGAUGCUCACGACCACAGGAUGUACGUUACACCACACGAAGUACACACCGCCAUGCAGCGCAACCGCCUGAAACCUGGCCCAGCCACAGAUCUGGUCGGCAUGAGACCCGGCAUCAAUCUGCCACCUGUCGCCAUCUACCGGCUCAUAACCGGUGCAGGCUUCAUCAACAGCGUGCUGGCCCAAUUCCACUUGACCAAUGACCUGAGCAUUUCGUAUCUGCAUUGGUGUCGCAAGCUUCACCCGAACCACCAGCCGUUAGAUCCUGUACACUAG